AUCAUGUAUUUUAAUUCCAACUACAACAACUAGUUACACAACAUUGUUCAUUCCCUUAUUUUAUUCUUUCUGUGUCCAUUCAGCUUCUUCUAAUCAUCAAUCAUGGACAGAAACAAUUCUCGCAGGCAACUUGCUGCAAUGAAACAGUCCCUCUUUGAUCAGGGACAUCUUGAUGAACAGUUUAUUCAACUUGAAGAAUUGCAAGAUGAUGCUAAUCCUAAUUUUGUUGAGGAAAUUGUCACUCUUUACUACCGUGAUUCAUCUAGGCUUAUCUCUAGCUUGGAACAAACACUGGAGAGGAGUCCACUGGAUUUCAACAAGCUGGACACAAUCAUGCACCAGUUUAAAGGAAGCAGCUCAAGCAUUGGGGCCAAAAAGGUGAAAGCAGAAUCAACUCUAAUUAGGGAAUAUUGCAGGACAGGAAAUGCAGAAGGAUGUAGGAAGAGCUUUCAACAAAUGAAGAGAGAGUAUGCAGCAUUGAGAAAGAGACUUGAAACUUAUUUUCAGCUGGCUAGGCAAGCUGGUCCAUUGGAUAGAGCAUGUCGCCCUAAGUAAACACCUUAUAGAGAUAUAUAUGAAUUUAAUGAAGCCAUGCAAAAUGUAAUUGGUGAAUUUUGUAACCUAAAGAAAAGAAAGAAAAUGUAAAGUAUUCACCACUAGAAUUGGAAAGGAAAAAUUGCCUGUUUGGUUUGGUAGGCCACAUGAGGUCAAUUUGUUGGCAUAGUCAAAUGACUAGUUUUGCAGUUUGUGUAUUACAAGCCUCAUGAUUCCAUGAAUCAGUGAUUGGCUUUUGUCCAAAGAAAAUAAUAUAAUUGAAUGGCAUAUGUGUUUGCAA